ACACUACCCUUCACUGUAGACUGCUCGUCCAAGUCUCUGCGUGUCCAAGAGAUGGCGUCGUCGUCGUCGCUGUGCACGCCACCCCCGGUGUCGUACCCCAACCUGCCCCCGAGCUCGGCCGUGAAACCGAGGCGCCUCAGGCGGACGCCCAGCGCGGCUGUGGACUGCCAUUUCAUUUUGACGAAAGUGUUCGGGCACAAGGAGUUCAAGGGGAAGCAGAAGGCGAUUGUAGAUGCGGCGGUGAAGGGCGCGGACGUGUUUGUGCUGGCGCCGACGGGUAUGGGCAAGAGUUUGUGUUUCCAGAUUCCCGCGCUGGCAGAUGAUCAUGGGAUUACUGUCGUCGUGUCCCCUUUGCUUGCUUUGAUGAAGAACCAGGUCACCAAGCUGCGCGAGAAGCACGUACAGGUCGUCGCUUUGAACUCCGAGACGACCCCGGAAGAGAAGAAAGACAUCAUCAAAGACUUGUCAUCCGGGCACCCAGCAAGCCGGCUUCUGUACAUUACUCCGGAGAAAUUGUGCAGCGCGGAGAUGCUCAGGUUGCUCGAUAAGGUGUACGAGCAGCGGGAGCUGAAUAGAUUCGUGGUUGAUGAGGCCCAUUGCAUCUCGGAAUGGGGCCACGACUUCCGCGCCGAGUAUCGGCGGCUUGGGAUGUUCCGCGAGAAAUAUCCCGGAGUACCCAUCAUGGCGCUUACGGCGACUGCUACUCCUCUAGUGCAAGACGACAUUGUGAAGAGCCUCAAAAUGUCCGACGAGCACCUCUUCAAAGUUGUGCACCCGUUCAACCGCGCGAAUCUCUAUUACGAGAUUCAAUACUGGUCCUCGCCCUACCCCGUCGCGCAGAUGGCCGAGAUCUUCGAGUACAUCUCGAACCUGCACGCGAAGCGCGGGCGCGCGAGCUCGGGGAUCGUGUACUGCCGGAACCGCGCGACGUGUGACGAGCUGGCGGCGUAUCUGCGGGGGAAGGGGCUGAAUGCGCGGCCGUACCAUAAGGGGCUGAAGUCUUCAGUCCUGGAUAAGACUCUGAGGGACUGGGAGAAGGGAGGCAGCGGGGAUGGAGGUGUUGACGUGGUGUGCUCUACGAUAGCUUUCGGUCUCGGUAUUGACAAGCCCGACGUCCGGUAUAUCAUACACUAUGACCUCCCAAAGAGCUUCGAAGGCUAUUACCAGGAAACAGGGAGAGCGGGAAGGGAUGGAUCACCCGCGAAAUGCGUACUCUUUUACUCAAGAGAAGAUGCGUGCAAAGUACGGAAGUUGGUGGGUAUGAGCCACGACAAAAGAGUCUGGGCGGCGGACUCUGCCCAGGGCCCGCCCCCUAGUCAGCGAGCCGUGGACAGUCUCACCUCUCUGAUCAACUUCGCGGAAGCCGAUAGUAUAUGUCGGCACGUAAUGAUAUGCAAAUACUUCGGCGAGGCGAUCGACAUACAUGACGAGGCACUUGUGAAGAAAUACUGUAACAGGAUGUGUGAUGUGUGCAAGUACCCGGACAAGGUCAAGCGACGCAAGCUGAAGCUGGCAUCAGAGGAGUACAUCGGGUCGCAGAUCCAGCGUCUAGAGAGGGAUGUCCGUUAUGAUGACGAGGAAGGUGGCAGCCGUCCGCUGUCGCGACAGAGCUCUGGCGCGGGGGCUAGUGUGUUCCAGUCCAAGCAGCAAGUUGGUACAAGUGUCAACUCUGGCUGGAAGAGGAAUUUCAGAGAUGGUGAUGAUGGCGAGGGAUGGGGAAACGCGAACAACGUCAAUGGACCGAAGCCCCCGCCUAAAAUCAGAACUUACGUGGCUCCAGGGGUCGUGCAGACGCCGCGGUAUAUGCAGAGCGGAGGCUUGAAGAGAAGCUUUUCGGCGUCCAACGAGACAAACGCCAGCACUGAAACUGUUCGCAAGCAACCCAAGACCGACUAUGCGAGCCGUCUGGCUAAUUCGGGACGGUUGCAAGCGCUUCGCACCAAGCCCUUCCGUCCCCCUCUGCUCAAUACUUCGAAUAGAGCACCGACUACCGAUGCAAAUUGUACUGAUGUCGAGAUGCAACGGGAGAAUGAAGCGGCAGAUAUUGACGAAGGAGAAUUGGUACAAACUGACCGCGCUGCCGAGGAUACAGUGUCUCGACGCAGCUCGUCCCCGCUGGUUGAGCUCCCAGAUGACGAUGUAGAGUUGGAAAUGCCGGAUUCUGGAAAGAGAAUUGGUGUUGAAGUCCGCAAAGAAGGGUUCAUCUCUCUUCGUCAGACAUUGCACAAAGUCUUCAUGUUUGGGGAGCAUGCCACUCAGACUUGGGAGCGUGCAGGCCUCACGAUCGAUGAUAAGGAUGCAAAGAAUGAUAUCUUGAAAUGCACUACGCGUCAGCUGGAAUUCUCCGCGCAUACUAUGAGCGUUUCCGAGGAGGGAUACCACAGUCGAUGUCAAGGCACGAUCAGGCUAAUCAAGACUCUUGCGAACCUGGAGGUAUGGGAUCAUCGCCAGAUGCUUGAGGAUUCGGAGGAAACUGCGGAGAUCGUACAACUUAUCCGCGAAACAUGUCGCGCACGGAGGAAGGGGAAAGGGAAGGCUAUAUGAUCUACUCCGCCAUUUAUGCGAGAGGUGCCGGCGUGUAAUGAUAUUGAUACGUUGCAUCGAAGUUGUAGGACUUGUGAUCAUGGGCAUGUGGUAUGGACGUACCGAAUUGCAUUGUAGAUUCUUCGGGUGAAGUCUAGC